UUUUCGGUUCGUUCGGGCAAGAGUCUUUGCAGCUGUUGCGCCGUUGCGCGUGAUCGUGCGCCUCGCGCCUGUAAUGCCAACCGGCAAUCUGUACGAAAGGAAACAACGAGACGCUCUGUGGCGUCGAAGCCUGGGCCCAACAGCUUGAAAAAUGAGGGCGCCGACUCAGAGAGCUACCCUGGUCGCUGACAGAGCCGUGAGCACAGCCGCGACAGGGGAGGGAGAUGAGGAGGGCCCCCUUAAAACAUGCUGCAGCCCCUCACCUCGAAGGCAGGGACCCUGCUGGAGAGCGCGCCGCACGUGCGCCGGUCCUGGGCCCCGGGUCGGCCUGGCCAGCACCGCCGUGGAGCUGCAGAGGGCGGCGCCCGGUGCUCACGCCGCGCCCGGGAAGGCGGCGGCGAAGACGUCCGAGUAGUCCGACGCGUAGGUGACCUCGAGGCCCUCGCGCAGGUACUCCGGGAGCUCGUCGAAGUCCCGCUUGUUCGCCUGCGAACGCGAGGGGUCGAGGAGGGGAUCGGAGGGCGGAGGAGAGACACGGGGGGGGUGAAAGGGCAGGAGGGAUCAUGCUGAGGGUACUGCUGGGGGAACGUCAUGUCCCUCUCCACUUUCCCCUGCGCGGCGACGGCAGGGGCGAGGACGGAGGAACGGGAGGGACGUGGGAGGACCAGUGCGGGCGUUUGAAUUACCGCUGCCCGUUGUUGGUCCUUUUGCGCUGAAUCGG